AUGCAGAAAUUGCUGGCUUUCUUUCACGAAUACGCCCUGGUCAUAGGUCUGACUUCCUAUAGAUUUGUGAACGGCAGGUUUCAACAGACUAGAAUAACUAAGACUUAUGUAUGGAUUGUAAAUCUUGGACUUUUGGCAGCUUUGCCCUACUGCAUGUGGGAAGUUUCCAAGUUCAAUUCGUCCAUCUCUCUAUAUCCGCGAUUUGUAAAAACAGUGCCGUAUGUCCUCGAUUCCAUCAACAAUGCAGUAAUUCUGUACGCGUUGGUUUUGCGUGGCCGUCGGGAUAAAAUUCUCUUGGAAAUGGAUAGGUUAAUCACUCAGGUGAAUCGUGAGAUGUCCAAAUCCGGAAAGAAUACGAGCUCAAAGCUAUGCAAAGUGCUCUAUUUGAAGAUUUGUUUAGUUGCAUCCCGAUCGCUGCACAAUUUGAUGCAGUGUUUUAUUUACGGAUUACCAGUGGAAUUUCGUUUUAAGCCGCGAAUAUCAUGUCUUAUAGUGACCAUUGGCAAGAACUUGGUAGUUGCCAGCACAUUCCAAUACUUUCUUGUAUUCUGGAACAUUGCCCGAGGCUAUGAUUUCAUCAAUGAGCGCAUAGAUGAGCUUAUUCCGCAGUCGAAGUCUAAAAAGAAGGAAAUUUCACGACUGUGGGAUUUGCACUUCAAGCUUGGUCGAACUUUUACACGGAUAAAUCGACUUUUUGGUCCUCAAAUGCUGACUGCUCGAUUAAAUUACUUUUCCUACACCGUCAUGAAUAGUUACUUUGGCAUUCUACUCUGGAACGAAAAAAGCACACCCAAUUUCUUUAUGUGUAUGUGGUCCAUCGUGUUCUUACUGCACACCAUGAGUUCCUUCCUGAGUGACUAUAUUAUCGGCCUAGCGACUGAAACUCAGAGUAAACGUAGAGACUCGAUUACCGAAGAAAAUGGAACUAUGUCUAAGGAGACAAGUGCUUAUAUCAUUUAUGAAACCAGCAUGAAGUUGACGGAAAGAUUUGUGGACUCUUCAAAGCCAAUUUAA